ACCUUUGUUUGCUUUUGUCUGCUCGCUCAGGCUCGGCUGCCCUCCCCCCUUCCCAUCAUGGGUAUUAUCAAGCCCUCGUACCUGUUGCGCCUGAACAACAUGAAGUCGAUCACUUUCACCUUUUCUCCUUUCCAUCCCAAGUCGACAUCCACCCGCGCUCUCCUGUCUCAGGUCAUGACUGACAAGUGCCGGAACACCAACGGCCGUUGCGAGGUCAAGCCCGUUGUCAAGAGCGACAUGUCUGAACCGGUGAUCGAGGUUGUUUGGACCGACAACCAGAUCUCCAAGAUCAACCCCACCUCCAUGACUGUCAAGGAGCUCAUCAACUACAUUGACCGUAACAACGCUCGUUUCUAGGGGCUCCCAAAGUGCCUCUUCCUGUCCGGUCGCCCUUUUCACGAUGCCACGGUCUGCUGCUGGCGAGGGAUCUCCCUGCGCUGCCCCCAUGCGCAUAUCCCCUCUCCCUCUCCUCCCCUUGCGCUGCUUUGCCACCCCGAGGGAGGCGGGCUCCACGUCCUCCUCCCGCCCGCCCACCCGGCCGCACCCUCCUCUGUACACAUUCCUGGCGCCAUGCACGCGCGCUACUACACUUAGACAAUUCCCCA